UCAAUUCGCUCAACAAAACACAUUGUGUAGAAGGACAGUCUACUCUCUAAGCAAACAAUUCAUACCUUCUCAAACUCUGUUGUGGGCUCAAUCCUCCUCCUUCAAUAAGCUUUCCUCUGUGACUGUGAUUGUAUUCUUCAGCUUCCAUUUGCACCAUUUUUCUUCCAUGAAUUGUUACAGUAGCAUCUUCUCUAUGAACCCUUUGAUCAUGCUCCUCUCUGUGUCCUCUCCGACCAGGGAAAGGGUAUUUGCCCAAGCUUUCCUUGUAUAUCCCUUCUCUUGCGAGUGAGAGCUUCUAGUUUUCAACACUAGUUGUUCCCAAAUCACUGUUUCUGAUGGAUUCGCUUCACUUCAAGAACAUCAAAGUUGAGAAGAGGGCUUACAGAAGUACUGGGAAGUACUGUCGACUGAGAAAGAUCGCGAGUUUGUUCAGGAUCGUCGAGAUAUGUGUUCUGUUGGUGUUGCUCUCGAGGUUUUCCACUCAACUGCCGAUAGCCGUCAAGAACUCGGGUGAGUAUUUCCGAGACUUGAAGGUAGUUCUGGUGAGUCCUCGGUUCGUGUUCAUCCUUGGGAACGCGAUAAUCAUCACUCUGUUCGCGAAGUCCGGACAGUUCUCUGCUCGGGAUUCUACCAUAAAGAGCGAUCUUUAUGAUGAAUUCUUAGAGAAGAGUGAAAAGAGUCGGAACAACCACCAAACCGAAACCCAAUUCCAGGACAAGCAAAUUCUACGUGAGGAAGCUAGUGACGAUAAGCAUGUUGUUCAUAGGGAUGAGGUGGUGAAGACUUAUAGGAGGAGCCAAUCAGAGAACUUGCAUCACGAGAACCGUGUGAAAUUGCACCGAGUUCUUAGGCGUUCCGCGACAGAGAAAUGCGGAGAGAGUGCUCUGUGUGCCGAGACCGGGAAAUCGGAGAAAAGUUCUUUCCCUGCGGAUUCUUUGAGCAAUGAGGAGUUCCGUCGCACGGUGGAGGCUUUCAUUGCCCGCCAACAGAGGUCUCUGAGGGAAGAGGAGUAGUCUGUGUUGUAAACUGCUUAUAAGAUCAUAAGGUUGUAGUACAUAGUUCUGUGUUACUCUUUCCAUGGUUUAGGAACUGUGUAUAUUUCCGAAUCAUGUGUGUCUUUUCUUCCUCUUUUUUUCUAUUUGUUUUAGUUGCCAUAUGCUUCUGCCCAAGUUUUCUUUCAUAGGGUAGGACAUGUCGAGCAACUGGUUUCCAUCUAACUAAUCUGCUACUGUUACAAAGAAUGUGCACAAGCGGAGUUCUUACUGAGUUCUUAGAAUGUGAACAACUUUUUAAAGUA